AUGGCCGUCUUGUUCGAUGAAGAUGUUGUUCGCCGGAUUCACCACGGUGCUGUGCAGUACGGGUUAGUUAUACAGAACAGUGAAGGGUUUAGCAGCGAUAGUGACUCCGAUGAAGAAUCAAGGAGUCUCAAAGCAGGACAGAUUUGUGUUGCUUGGUACCCAAAAGGAAGGGAAGAAGUGUUGUCGGAACGGAAGGUGGUGUUACAAGACAGAUCACUAAUGCCAGGGGAUGCUGUUAGGCGGGUCAUCCAAGGUGAAGACUCACAACGUGGGAUUGUACACAAUGUAGAGGUCUAUACUCAUGUGCAGAUUCUCAAGACUAAACAGAUGAUAUAUGGAGCCAGAUGUGCUGUACCAGGAGAAGAUGCUGCAAAACUAACCCAAGCAGUUGGUGUAACUCCAGACUGUGUAUUUUACAGAGAAGCAUUCUAUCCAAGUCAAGUACUGACAGGCCCAGCUAGAGUAUUCAGAUCAGCUGAAUGGCUUUCAGGACAUCAACCAGUGCUGAGCAGUACCAAGAAUUUCAAAGUGGUCGUUGAGGAGGUUCAAAUAGUAGGUGUAGAUGUACAUUGGCAAACAAGAGGUUACUCAGGUCAAGAGGACAGUGGUCCGAUGGAACCACCUAAUAAAGCUGUCAAAGCUGAUGAAUUACAAAAAUUGCACGCUUUAAACCAUUUUGUGCCUGCCAGUAUUCAGGUAGGCGAUAAAGGACUCUAUAGAAUCACUGAUAAUGAUUUGAAAUAUCCACAGCCUGUGGCUCUGGGCUCAGUUUACUGUUACCAGAGACCUCCAACACCUACAGAAGACAUUACCUUUCCUCCAUUUACACAGUGUGUCAAUCUGCCAAGCAGGGAUUUGGAAUGUGAUGGUGACAGUGGUGCUAAUGAUGAUAAAAUUGAUUUACACAGUGUUACCAAAUCUGACACUGUGGGAGCUGAAUCUCAAAUAGUUGAUAAAUCUUCCAAUAUUCAUUCAUUAAGUAGUGAGAGUGGACUGCAAAAAUCUUCAGAGUGCAAUACAGAGGAUAAACUUGGUAGCUCUGUUAACGGGCAUUGUGAACAUAAAGAUAUUUCUGAAAUUUUAAAACUCAAAUCUGAUAGUGCAAUUGUGAUUGAAAAUGAGCACAGAACAGACCCAGCAGCUGAUGCUGAACUUAACUCUGAAUCGUUGGUUGUUGUGGAAAUGCAACCUAACCUAUCAGAUUCUUCAACAAAUGCAGCAUCUUGUAAUGGGAAUGUUGUUGAACAAUCUGCAGCUUUGUGUCCAAAUACGUACAGUAUCUCCAAACAAAUAAGGGAGACCGUAACUAAAGUCAGGAGUCUCUGUGCUCAAAAAAUCACUAGCCUAGAUGCUAGUCAAAUUCGUGAUGAUUUGGACAGUCUUGAGAAAUUGCAUGAUCAGCUGGUUGAGGAAAUGUCCCGAGAAGCUAGUACUAUAUUUGAUAAGGUCAAUGAUCUCACAGACCAGAUGAGUGGAGUGUGCGUGCAACGUAACCGGGAUGACGAAAAAGUCGAUGAGCUGAUUGUCUUGAAUGAAAGGUUGUCUGGGGAGGUUAAAAACACUCAAGAACUCAUGGUGAUGACUAAACAUCUCAUGCAACAUUUAAACGAAACGUGCAAGAAGGCAAAGCACGAACUGGAGGCUGCCAAGCAUGGCAUAACCGCUAUACAGUCUGGCAGACGUAAAAGUAAACGUAGAUGUGAUAGACGAGUGAACGAAAAAGUUGAUGUAUCUUCAUCUGAGGAAGUAAGUGAUGAGGAAGAAGGUGAUGAAGAUGGUGAUGAUGAAGAUGAUGAUGAUGAUGAUAACAGCAGCCAAGUAGGAUCCAUCAAAUCUAUCACUUCUUCCCAAGGAUCAGUGACAUGUAGAAAGGAAAAUAAGGUCAUUUCAAGCUCAUUAAUGAAGCACAGAAAUCAGGUUAUAAGAAUGAGAGGAAGUAGACGAAAGAAAGUACAGCCACCUGAACAGUGUUAUGUUGGUGAUGUAGUAUGCAUUGAAGUAACACACACUGAGACAGUGGUCGAUGUUAAAUGGCAGGAUGGUGUCUUAGAGAAAGGCAUCUCAUCAUCUGAUUUGUUUCCCACACACCAGUUAGAUGAACUGGAAUUCUUUCCUGGUGAUUUUGUCAGUAAAAGUGACCAUGAGAAUUGGGAGAAUAUGUACGGAUUGGUGAGCAAGGCAAAUCAUCAAGAUAGAACUUGCACUGUGAAGUGGAUCAGAAAACCAACAAAGUCACAGCCAUUACCCGAAUGCCUCUCUUCUGAGGAAGUGAGUGUAUAUGAUUUACAACCACAUACUGAUUUCACAUUCAAUGUUGGUGAUGUUGUGUGUAGAUUACAUGGCAUAUGCAACGACCAAGAUUCCAGUCAUCAAGUACCAUGCGCUGGUCAGGUGAAAUGGGUGAAUGUAGAUGGUACUAUAUGUGUAGUCUGGUAUGACAAUGAAACAUCCAAUGUACCACCACAGGAUUUAUUCAAGUUAGAUGACGAUUAUGAUGAUAGUGAUUGGAGUGAGGACAGUAGUGACUGGGAUGACAGUGAUAUGACGGAUAGUGAAUGGGAAACACAAUCCUCUAUAUCCACUGAUAUCAGUGAUGAAGAUAUUGAGAAGAUCAUUGUGACCAGUGAUGGUUGUCAUGAGGUGACUGUCUUUGUUGAAGGCAAGUCAACUGUAGCUUCUGACGACAAGACUGAUGCUGCAGAUGUCAGUGCAGAACCUCUAGCUGCAGUGGAAGAGAAUGAUGAGCAGAAUGAUAAUAGUGACAUAGUCACAGUCAAUGCGGAGAAAGAGGAUGUUACAGUAGAUGGAAAGAAAUCCAAUAGUGAAGAACACAUUGAGGAGAAAAAAAAGGGUGAAGUUCGAUGCCAUGACAAAUGUACUAAUGAUGUUUCUUCUGUUGAUAUGGUAACCAAAGAUGAGGUUAAUGGUGUCACCGUGGCAGCAACAGAUGAAGGCAUUCAAGAAAGACAAAAAGAUGACAUAAAUGAGGAAGAUCAUGUACAUGAAACUAAAAACACAGAUACAGAGUUGAAUGUUGAAAUAGAAGGUGAUGUGUGUAAUGAAACACACAACACUGCUGCAGUUAGAUCAUCAGGGUUUUGUUUACUGGACUGUGUUCCUGACACUCAUUACUUUAAAUCAGCUACAUUUACAUCAGAUGGCUUUGCAAAGAAACUAACAUCUAUCAUUUCUAAAGAGCUGAAAUUAUUACAGUCUUCCCUCCCACCUGGUAUAUUAGUCAAAAGUUUUGCUGACAGAAUGGACUUAUUUUCUGUCAUGAUAAGUGGCCCUGCAAAGACCCCUUAUGAAGAUGGUUUAUUCAUAUUUGAUGUUCAGUUAUCAGUGAAUUAUCCACAGUCACCGCCAAUAUUUCACUAUGUGUCAUUCUGUGCGGGUAGAUUGAAUCCUAAUCUUUAUAAUGAUGGUAAAGUCUGUGUUAGUUUGUUGGGAACAUGGACUGGAAAGUCUAUGGCUAGUAUGGUAUCUAAUCUGCCAGAAAUAUUUAAAGAUGAAGUCAUAGUGCAUUGUAAAAGACAUGGAAUGAGCUUGGUACAUCGUGUUGAGUCCUGGCUCACUGGUAACCAGUCUGGAGAGUAUCCGGAGACAGGAUUCCCAUUAUUUCCAUUAUCCAAAGGUUUUAUUCUUAGUGUAAAGAAUCCCCUAGAAUCAAUUAGACAAGCAGUCAGAAAACUUGGUGUCCAAGAAAGUUGA